UCUUUCUGGACGACUAUUGGUAAUGUCAAUGUCAAACAAAAGUAAAUUAACAAUCUCACUGUACUUCGGAAUAGUUCGCUAAAUCGCUAUAGAAAUUCUAUUAACACAAAACAUUUUAAACUCAAAAAUGGAUAUUCUAAGUGAAAUAUAUUAUAAGAGUUCAGUAGAAAACGAAAGAAAUGUUCAAUUUUGGGAAAAUUAUUUGGGAAACUUAAAGAAUUUAGAUUUCAGUGUAUUUAGUGAUAAAUUAAAAGUUCCAACUUUGGUCCCCAUUGGAAGCAGAAUAUUGUUCAGAGAUGCCCAAGAAAAACUGGACAUGUAUAUUAAAGAAAAGGAAUAUUUUGGAAAUCAAUUGUCACUUACUAGAAAAACUCUUUAUGAUAAAGAAGGACAAGAAAUCAUAGAGUAUUAUUCUGAAGAAGAGGACAAAGUAUGGAGGGCAAAACAUAGAGAGAAUGUUAGAAAAUAUAAGCAAAACAAAAACAGAGAGGAAGAGACAGAAAAUCAGAUCAUGACAGAUGAAGAGUUAUGGCAAGUUAUCAAUAAACAGAAUGAAUUAGAAGAAAAGUUACAUGAAUUAAAGAAUAGAGAAAGAUGUCGAACUAAGGAUGAAAAAGAUUUAAUGUUAAGACUAGAUGAACUGGAUCAACUUGAUGAGCUUGAAGAUGAAAUGGAUAGACUAGAAGACAUUAUUGAUAAUGAAGAUGUUGAAGAAACAAAAGAAGAUCUAGAGGGUAAUGAUCAGGAGGGGCAGAUACCAAAAAUACAAAGACGGGUAUCAUUUGUUGAUGAAAAUGAUAGUAAUACUUUGGACAUAACUUUCAAACACAGUGUCACAGAUCCUAUUAAUAAGCCUUACGAUGCUAGUAAAGGCAUACAGAAACCAAGCGAUAUCUAUCAAGCACAUUCUAACCUAUUUGGAACUGGGACCACAUCUAUUCUCAAAAAGUCAAAAUAUGCAACAGCAGAUGUUAAAAGAGCUCCUAAAGUAGAAUUUCAAAAAGAGAGCGCUGCACAAGUGAAGUCCCACGAAAAUGGAAGUCAAGAAGUUAUUGUAAUUAAAGAUGUUGUAGAGAAAGAGGAACAAGAAAAUAGUAAACUAUUAAGUCAACCAAGGCCUACCAGUUUAUUUAAGAAAAAACGAAUGCAAAGUAAGUCUUAAUCUGAAAACGUACCUAAAUAACUAUAAAAGUAAAAAAUAAAUAAAUAAUAAUCUCUGGC